AUUUCUCAUUCCGUAUUCCCAAACGCAGCCUUACCAAUUCCCCAAACUCGAAGAAGAAGAAGAAGAAGAGAGCGUGGACGCAGAGUGGUGGUGACUGGUGAAGAUGGCAUCGCUGGUGAAGAGCAUUCUCAAUUCAGUGAAAGAGAAGGGUUUGGGCGGUUUCCUCAGACACCUCAAGGACGAUGGCUUCAUGAGAUGCCUUCCAGAUGGAAACCUCUUGCAAACCAAGAUCCACGGUAUUGGGGCAAGGCUUGUUGGUGUUGACAAAUUUGGCAACAAGUAUUACGAGAAAAUUGAAAACACAAUAAAUGGAAGGCACAGGUGGGUUGAAUAUGCGGAGAAGAAGAGAUAUAAUGCUUCUCAGGUUCCACCUGAAUGGCAUGGCUGGCUCCACUUCAUAACUGAUCACACAGGAGAUGAGCUUCUUUUACUGAAACCGAAAAGGUACGGUGUUGAACACAAAGAAAAUUUGUCUGGAGAAGGAGAACAGUUUAUCUAUCAUUCCAAGGGUCAUGCCCUUAAUCCAGGGCAGAGAAACUGGACCAGGUACCAACCAUGGGAGUCCAAGGCCCCUGAACAAUGAAUGUUGUGCUGCUUUUAGGCGCUGAUGUCUUGGGCGUUUGUUUUUCUUUCCUCCUGAAAAUUUGUUAAGCAUUCAGUUCAUGAGGUGGAAAACAGGCUUUACUUUUUAACAAUAAAACGAAUUUUUAGCUGCUAUAGCAGACAGAUUCCCUUUGAACUGGAAAAUUUUCCAAUAUACUGUCACCAAUUGGGAUGUAUGUGACUUGUUAAAAGGAUUUGCCCUUGUUUACAAUAAUCAUUUGUGUAAUCUCUUAUUUGUACGAGUAUGUGUUGUUUUAAUUAAAACUGACUUGAGUAGUUAUAGUACUUAUCCCAGACAUUAUUUGAAAAUUUUA